AUGAUUAACGGCAUAUUUUCACCGAGUAUCCGGAAAUAUAAUGAAAUUAUAUAUACAGCUUUUGCUGACAAUGGAUUUUUUUGCAACAGAAACAUGUUCAUAAAAGCAUUUUUGCAUUCGAAAGAAAGCAAUUGUCACAGAGUUAUUUGUUUGAGAAAAAAAGGAAAAUUUAUUCAGUUGCCUUAUGUUUUGGCGUUCUGUGGAAAUGACGUUCACAUAAAACAGUUAAUGUUGUACUAUUUGCCAUUUAUCGACCAUGAUCGCAGUGAUUUGAACAAGCAUGUCGAAAGAAACAAUGAUGUUAAUGCCAGGCUAUUAUCGAAUGUGUUAGACAUGUUUUCAAUGCAAAAUGUAAUAAAAGAAACUUCACAUAUGCAUGGUGGAACGUUGGACUUGGUGGUACCAGUAAUCAAUAUGCCUGUUACUCGUGUUAGGGUAUAUCCUAGUGGUGUCAUUUCUGAUCACAGUUCCGUUUCAAUUUGUUUGCCAACAUUGAAACAAGAAUGGUUCAAACUGCACCAUGGUUCAAUUGUGACUGUAGAGGAAUUAAACGUGAUUGUCGAAGAGUUGAUUCGUCCUGCAAGGAUCGUUCCUAAUAUUUUCUGCUCUCUGUGGCCCAUGAAAGGUCGGCCAUACACGCUCCCUUACACAGUGGCGUCACUAGGGUUGGUGUCACCCGGUGCGGUAACUCAUGGUGUCACCCCUCUCAUGACACCCCAUAGACAUACAGCAUUCUUAGCAUAA